AUGGCAUCUGUUACUACUUUUAAUGCUGACACUGCUAAAGCUGCUUUAAAUGAUGUACUAUUGGCCUUGAAUGCACCAGAGAACGUCCAAAAAUUAAGUGAAGCCAAAGAAAGUUCUGGAAAUGAAAUGAUGAAAAUGAUGCAAUUUAUAUUUCCAAUAGUUACACAAAUUCAGAUGGAUGUUAUUAAAAAAUAUGGAUUUUCUGAAGGUCGAGAAGGUACUAUACAGUUUGCACAGUUUAUUAGAACGCUAGAACGCGAGGAUCCUGAAAUAGCGAGGCUUCACAAUCAAGUAAGAAGUUACUUUUUGCCAUCCGUUGCCAGCAGUCCUUCUGCGGAAGCUUCUCUUUAG